UCAGGUUGAAGUGUUAGCUCAGCAAGGCACGGAGAACACUCUGCUCGUGCUCUACAUGUAGUGCGGAGAGCAAAGCAGACUACUCGACCAGUUUUAAGGGGCUUCUGCUCUAGAAAAGGGAUGUACAACCGAGUUCCGUUUGUUCAGUUAAGGGGUUUGUCGCACUGCUGUCCUAUUCCCACUUUCUAGUUGGGUCUUUCUAGUUUUGAGUCCUUCUUCCACUGUCUAGUUUUGAGUGAUGGCUGACAACGUGGGCGCGGGAGGGGCUGUUGACUGGAAGCAGCUCUGCCAGGAUGCUGGGUUGAGUUGGUCUGUGGAGGAGCUAGGUCUGGCGGGCAUCCCCACAAAGGAUGUACCGCUCCUGAUCCAGGUCCGCAAAGCUCUGGAAGAGUACCUACAGUUGGCAGGUGAUCGCCAGUGGAUGGUGCACCGGUUCAACCUGAAGCAGCUGCAUGCAAUGCUCGAUGGUGGUUAUCAGUAUGUGGGGGAUUUCGCGGUCGCUACGGACAGUGGCCUGAAAGCAUGCGGACUGCCCCCGGCUGUAGUGGACAACGUGCUCUGCGACCAGGACAAAGCAAGAGUUGCUCUAGGCCAGCGGCAGCAAUUGCUACAACCCACAGGACUUCAAGGCGCUUCUCCCAACAAAAGGCAGCGGGUCGACAUCAAACUACGGCCGAGUGAUUUUGGAUCAGUAAAGAAAGGGGUGCCCUACUUGCUCCAGCCGCUUCGGUCAGAUACCGAUCCCCUCCAGCAAAGCAAGGCUUGCUUCAUUACCGGCCGGCCCAUGAUCGCCCCUGUUCGGGGUGCCCUGUCAGCAGCCCUCUUGGCUCCUGAGUUUGGCCUCAUUCUGGACGCCUUCUGGCGGGACCUCGGCAACCCAACGCCCUACUACUUCCAACAAGCCCACAAGCUUCUAAGUUUGAUGCGAAAAGUCUACCCCGACGAGAAGCAUCGGCAAGAAGCAUACAUGGAGUGGCACAACGACACGUACCCAGGACUGAAGAUUGGGCUUCCUGACCGUUCGACGUCAACACCCAGCCCCAGCAUCGGCGAACCAGCUUCUGAUGGAACGUUUGCGGUGCCCUCGACGUCUGGGGAAAGCCGAUGUGCCAUCGUACUUGAGGCCAAGAACGAGCUGGGAGCGGCUGGAGAUCCGCACUUACAGGGCCUCCGUUACUAUCAGAUCCUUAUUGGUGACGGGCAAGCAACGUACGACUACCUGGAGGCCAUGGGGCAUCCAGCCUUCCUCAUUGGGCUGAGUGGGCCUCACUUGGACAUAAGUGCCAUGUAUCGAACCGACAGCAAUCAGGUGGUGCUGGAGCCGUUGACGCCGCUGAUGUCCCUGACAUUCGAUCCGCUCCGUCAGCCAACAGCAAUGGCCAGCCUUGCCAGGGUCCUUAUGGCGCUCGGCGUGGCGGGAUGGGGACUGGUGCAGCGCCUCCUGAAAUUCCAAACCCCCAAUGACGACUGGUUGCAGGGCUGCCAAGAGCAGCGUGUGCUGGAUGCUGUAACGUGGGCAGCUGGGUAUGAGGGCAACCACUGCAGGAAGUGGUUUGGCUUCGUACAGAGCGCAGCCAACGACCUGAAAGCCCUGUGCGGACAGCGCGCGAAGGCUAGGGACUUGGUGCCGUACCCCCUUUGGACCACAGAGUACGAGGGACUUCGGCUGCUGCUGCCGACGAACUCCAACCGGUUGGUGUAUGCGGCGACGAGACUGUGGGACGGGGUCAACAAGGCGGUGGUCAUCAAACUCACCAGCGAGAAAUACCCCGAAGAAGUGCAUCGUGUGUGGAGUGGCGCGCAAGUAGCUCCGGAGCUCUGUGUUUGCGAGUCGCUGCCCGGUGGUGGCUCUUUGGUCGCGAUGGAGAAGUUGGGGGCUGAUUGGUCGACCCUCGACAUGCUGGAAGGAAAGGAGCGGCAGCUGGCCAAGGAGGCCGCACGGAAGGCCCUUGCUCAAGCACACGAGCUCCCUGUGACCGUUGGGUCAAAGAAGGGGGUUGUUGUGCAUGGGGAUGCGCGCGGCCCCAACAUCAUGGUCCGCCGCUUAGGAGAGGAGUGGGACGUCAGGUUUGUUGACCUAGAUUGGGCUGGGUUUGAUGGGGUAGCAAGGUAUUCAUUCAGUCUCAACCCUCGCAUUAAUUGGCACCACGAUGCAAAGCAAGGGGCAAUUAUGCGACAAGAACAUGACCGUCACCUGCUUGACAGUGUUUGAAAGAUGAAACACUGUGCUUAAGACAAACAGAGACAUACGAAUUGUGCAUGUUUGGAAUGAACGAGACG